AUGUGCUGUGUGACAACUUAUGAGACUGCGGAUGGGACGGUGGUGGUAGCGGAAGCAAAGAUGGUGGGUGAGGGGAUGGACGAGGGGGAGGACGAGGAUGUGGAAGUACAGGACAUUAUCCUAGAUAACACGGGAGUUACUGUAGAUACUUGUGAAAAUGUCGCCAAUAGAGGGGUAGUUCAUAGCGAGGACGCCUCAUCUCCUCAACCUCCUGCAGCAAGUGCUGCUGCUGCAUCUCAGACACCGCCACAGCAAGCAGCGAUACAAGCAGCUGCUGCAGACUCGCCAGCAGUUGCAAUGGUAGUCCCUGCGCCGGCAGCAACAGGUGCCAUUGCAGUGGCUUCGCCAGUCCCUGUGCCUGAAAGGGACGUGCCGCCAUUUGUAGCAAUCAUGGAUGCUCCAUCAACCCUGCUGCCGGCUGAUUGGUCAGAGCUCACCAAUACCGUCAUGAUGCUCGCCUGGGCAGCAUCCGUCGGCUCUUUGCAGGCCAUGGCGUCACCCAAUCCGCAUGCCUUCGAUACCGCUGCAGCCGUUGUUGUGAGUGGAGUGGAUUGCAAAAGGUGUAUGUGUGCGCAAGAGUAG